GGGGCGGCCAGGCGCCUCCCCGCAACCCGCGCCGCUCUCGCCGGAGCGCCGGCGGCCGGGCAGAGGGGCCCGGUCCGGCAGCCGGGGCAUGGAGAGCCUGCUGGAGAACCCGGUGCGCGCCGUGCUCUACCUGAAGGAGCUCACCGCCAUCGUGCAGAACCAGCAGAGCCUCAUCCACACCCAGCGGCAGCGCAUCGACGAGCUGGAGAGGCGGCUGGACGAGCUGAGCACCGAGAACCGCAACCUCCGCGGGCAGCAGCCGGCCCCCGCCGAGCCCCCCGCCGCCCCCGCGCCGCCCCCGGGCCCUCCGGCCGAGCAGCCCCCGCCGCCGCCGCCGCCGCCGCCGCCGCCGGGCCAGCCCGAGCCGCUCCAGCACCACCAACAGCUCCCGGCGCCGCAGCCCGCGGGCAAAGCGGCGACCGCGGGGCCGGGCCGGGCCGCCGGGCACCAGCAUCCCGCUGCGCAGCCCCACCAGCACCCCGCCGAGAAGGACGGCAGGGAGAAGGGCUGCUGCUCCGCGCUGCUCCAGCACAAGGCCCCCCAGGCCAUCGGGAAAGGCAUCCUGAGCCGGAGACCGGAGAAUGAAACUGUUUUGCACCAGUUCUGUUGCCCAGCAGCUGAUGCAGAGCAGAAGCCUUCAUCUCCAGACUCUUCACCAAGUGAUGAUCCCAGCGGUUCCACAAGCAAGAAAGCCGGGUGUGAAACGGAGGAUCCGAAGGAGGCCGGCAGACAGAGUGGCCAGGAAGGCAGGUCCGACACCCAGACGCUAAAAGCCCAGCAUGAGGAACUCCAAGAAGAGCAGGCAGCGGGGUGUUCCCCUCUGGUGCAGAAGGCGAGCCUCCACCACACGGGCUCCCCAGUGAGAGUGCAGCGCAGCAAAGGGACGGCCUCGUGUUCCCAUGCAGCUGCCUCCGAUUAUGAGCUCUCCCUUGACCUAAAGAAUAAACAGAUUGAAAUGCUAGAGCACAAAUACGGAGGUCACCUGGUAUCUCGCAGGGCAGCCUGCACCAUCCAAACUGCUUUCCGACAAUAUCAGCUCAGCAAGAACUUUGAGAAGAUCCGCAACUCACUGCUGGAGAGCCGCAUGCCACGCCGCAUCUCUCUGAGGAAAGUCCGGGUCCAGAACUCUGAAAGCUUCUCUGCUGAGAAAGCCCUAGUAGAGGGGUACAACUUUGUGGGCAUCCCGUUGGUGAGGUCCCCAUCUUUGCCAGCCACAAUCAGUGGAGCGCUGACUGAGCUGGAGGACUCCUUCACCGAACAAGUUCAGUCCCUGGCCAAGUCUAUUGAUGAUGCUCUGAGCACCUGGAGCUUGAAGACCAUGUGCUCACUGCAGGAUGGGGGCUCGUACCAGAUAAGAGAGACCUUCAGUGCCAGUUCAGUGCAACCAAACCAAGACUUAGAAGCUGAGUUGCAGGACAAGGAGAAGGAAGAAGGGCUUCUGCCAGAUACCCUACCUAAGAGCAGCAGCACUCUCAUGAUGGCUUUUCGAGAUGUCACAGUCCAGAUUGACAACAAGAAUAUCUCUGUCUCAUCGUCUACCUCGGUGUCCAUGGCAAACUGCCUGAGCAGCAAUGCCCAGGCUGGGCUCUCUCAAGCCUCCAAGUCUGAAGAAAGCCCAGGAGAAGGGGAGGGAGAAGACAGUGAACCGCAGGCUGCCCCAGAGUGCUUACCUGAGACAGAAGCUCUCCAGAACAGCCACACUUUCACUGAAGUGAACAUUAGCACCAAUGGCAUGGGGGACAGCAAUGAGGAGCCUGGGCAGAUGGCAGUGCAGAAGCUCCAGUUUGAUGCUAACAACGAGACGGGGCAAAGCAAAGGCUCUGAAUCUGAGAAUGCAGACAACUCAGAGCAGCUGAGCAGCAGCAGCACCUCCACUUCAGCAAAGUCAGCCUCUGAGGUGUCCUCAAAAGAAGCACUGCAAGCCAUGAUCCUCAGCCUCCCACGGUACCAUUGUGAGAACCCAGCUAGCUGCAAGUCCCCCACACUUUCCACAGACACCAUGAGGAAACGCCUCUACCGCAUUGGGCUGAAUCUCUUUAAUAUAAACCCAGACAAAGGGAUCCAGUUCCUGAUCUCCCGGGGCUUCAUCCCAGACACUCCCAUUGGGGUGGCACACUUCCUGCUCCAGCGGAAGGGCCUCAGCCGCCAGAUGAUUGGGGAGUUCCUGGGCAACAGCAAAAAACAGUUCAACAGGGAUGUCCUGGACUGCGUGGUGGACGAGAUGGACUUCUCAGGCAUGGAGCUGGAUGAAGCGCUGCGGAAAUUCCAGGCCCACAUCCGUGUGCAGGGGGAGGCACAGAAGGUUGAGCGGCUAAUUGAGGCCUUCAGCCAGAGGUACUGCAUGUGUAAUCCAGAUGUGGUCCAGCAGUUUCACAACCCAGACACCAUCUUCAUCUUGGCCUUUGCGAUCAUCCUCCUCAACACGGACAUGUACAGCCCCAACAUCAAGCCUGACAGGAAGAUGAUGCUGGAGGACUUCAUUCGCAAUCUGAGAGGAGUGGAUGAUGGUGCUGACAUCCCACGGGAGCUGGUGGUGGGGAUCUAUGAGAGGAUCCAGCAGAAAGAACUAAAAUCCAAUGAGGACCAUGUGACUUAUGUCACCAAGGUGGAGAAGUCUAUAGUUGGAAUGAAAACGGUUCUCUCUGUGCCCCAUCGCCGAUUGGUCUGCUGCAGCCGCUUGUAUGAAGUGACUGAUGUGAACAAAGUGCAGAAGCAAGCAGCUCACCAGAGGGAAGUUUUUCUCUUCAAUGACCUGCUAGUGAUCCUCAAGCUUUGCCCCAAGAAGAAAAGCUCCUCGACCUAUACAUUUUGCAAGUCUGUUGGCCUGCUGGGCAUGCAGUUCCAUCUCUUUGAGAAUGAAUAUUACCCCCAUGGCAUCACACUGGUGACUCCAGUUUCGGGCUCAGAGAAGAAACAGGUACUGCACUUCUGUGCUCUGGGAGCCGAGGAAAUGCAGAAAUUUGUGGAAGAUUUGAAAGAGUCAAUAGCAGAAGUGACAGAGCUGGAGCAGAUACGUAUUGAAUGGGAGCUGGAGAAACAGCAAGGGGCAAAGACUCUCUCACUACGGAGCAAUGGAGCCCAGAUAGAACCACAGUCCAAGCAGAGCUCACCAACAGGCAAGAAGGAUUUGGGGGAGAAGGUCUCGGACAGCACAGUGGAGGUGUCAAUUCACAACAGGCUUCAAACGUACCAGCACAACUCCGCCCUGGGGCCCGAGAGUGGAAUGCAGCCCAGCAUGCGUCUUAACAUGCCACGGGAACGGCUGGAGACAGCACUGGUGCCCUCACACCCCGCCUCGGCGGGGACACUUGUACAGUGCCAGCAGAUUGUCAAAGUCAUUGUCUUGGACAAGCCGUGCCUCGCUCGAAUGGAGCCGGCCCUCAACCAGACUCUGACACGCUACGUCACCUCCGAUUCCUGCACCUCCACCCCCUGGCGCGGUGUGGGCAGUGGGCUCCCCGGGACCCCCAUGAAGCUGGUCCAUCAGCCUCCCCUGCCACCUCCACCUCCUCCCUACAACCACCCCCAUCAGUAUUGCCCCCCCAGCUCCCUGCUUCAGAGGCGCAGGUACUCCAGUGGCUCGCGGAGCCUCGUGUAGCCACACCACCAGCACCAGAACAGCACAGACUCCCCCGCUUCCCAGCCCCACCGCCUCCCUGGGACCCUUUCUGCCUACAGAGAUCUAGUUUGUGAUUUAUUUUUUAGUAAAAGAAAAAGAAAAGAAAAAAAAAGAGCUAACUCUUACCCUGUCUCCCCUCAAGAUGAUGCUAAUCAUGAAGAGCCAUCUGUAGAACCUGCCAACCUACACGCUUACAUAUCCUCCCACCCUGCCAGCCCCGCUGGCCCCCUGUGCUCAUGCCAUCCCCACGUAGCACUUUGCUGCCCUGUUCCUGAGAGGCUUGAUGACCUGCUGCUUUCUAGGCACUGUGUCUUCCGUUUGCUACUCCUUGAUCUUCUUUCCUGCCUUGCAUUUACCUGGCCAUAGGUUUAUACCCACCCUGAAACUUCGCCAGCCUCAGAGAGAAACUGACUCACCCGUGCCAAGGAAAGAUGCUGGGGCACUCCCAGGGAUGGAGUUCCCCCUGCCACCACUGCUGCUGCCUGCUAAGCUGGAGCUGAGAGCCUGUUCCACUUGCCAUGCUUUCUCCUCAUCGCUCUUCAAGUAUUAUCUCCUUGCAGCAGCUGGUUCCAGGCGAGGGAGUGCAAGAAUGGAAGAGAGCUUGAGAGGAGGAGAGACUGUCCUAAGCUGAAGUACAACGCAAAGAUGGCCUCAUUCUGAACACCAAAACUCUUUGUUUCUGUUAUGUUGGAGCAUUGUACCAGAGACCUCUGCUGAGACCUAGCAGACCACAUCAUGUGUAAAUACACCUGUAUGGUAGAGUAUGUAUGGUGCAUGCUUACUAAAGGAAACACUAAGCAGUUCUGAGAGAGCAGAAGGGAGAGAUUGAGCCCAGGGAUCUCCCCUGGGAUGGAUGCGCAGUUUUCCAAAGAGAUGGCACCAAGAGGUGACCUCCCACCUCAAAACACACACACACACAAGAAGAUUGUCUUUUCUAGCAAGAAACAGACCCACCUCUGCUUUUCUCAUUCUAGCUGGUUUUGUGUUUCCUUCCCAUCUGCUUUUAUGCACUUUGAAAGCAAAUCUAAGUGUUAUGUUCACCUCCUGGGGGUGGAUGGUUCCUUCACUUGGGCUCUUCCUCCUGUGCUAGGGGGAAAAGGCUUUUUGGAGCCCACUCACAUGAGCUGCCAUCUGUAUCUCUUGCCUGGCUAUGCCAUUGCCUCCCUCAGCCCUUCCCAUAGAAAAGCUGCACACCAAGGCCCCUUCUCCUCUCUUCCUCUCUAUCCCAGCUUCAAAGUGAGGGGAGGGGAAGAUCUUGAGAUAGAGAUGACAGCUCAGCUUCUCUUCUUUAUUGGGGACAUUGAUGUGAAAGAAGACAGCAUUAAAAAUGAGCUACGGCUGUAUUUUUAGAAAAAAAAGAAAUCUUUUUGAGCAGUAGGGAGGGGAAGGUAUUAAUUAGCUUAAAGGCUUUGGUUUCACUCACUCAUUCUAUCUCCCUUCGAGGCUUAAGAAGAUCAACUUUAGGAUUUUAAAAUAGGACAGUACGCCUUUUAGGGCCCUUAUUUUUAUUUUAAUAGGGAAAGAAAGAAAUGGUCUUCUUUCCUGAACGAGUUUGAGGGAUGAGCACCGGCUGUUGGUUGGGUGAGGAGAGGUGAGGAGUGUUGGCAGUAGUGUAGAUGUGCAAAAUGUCAGGGAAAAGGGAUGGUGAAGACAUGCAGGAAAUAUAUUUUUCACUUCUUUGUAUGGUAAAAUCCACACAGCAGCAACACUCCAGGAUUCUCACCUCUGGGGCUUAUUACCAGUGAAAGAAUGCAUUAGGGCCUGCCCCCCACCAGUGAUCUUUGGAUGUCCCUUGGCUCUGCUGAAGCACUCAGAUGAAAGAAUUCAUUUCUGUGACCUGAACGUACACCCAGCUGGGGUUAAGGAAGCAGGGAAGGGCUGUGGUGAAGACUGCCCUGUGCUGGCCAGUCCUGCAGGGCAGCGGCCUGCUCGGCUCCAGGUCUGCUGGUUUCUGAGCCUGACCCCUACACCCAGAUCUGCCAACAGACCUGUCUUGGUUGUUUACUUAGCUGUCUGGAGAUGGGCACCAGACUGAUGCUUUUACAUGCAGUAGCAGAUGUAUUGAUCGGGAACAAACAGGCAUAGCCUCAGGGAGGCCCGUGGAAGCAGAAGACUGAAAGAUUUGGUAGAAAGCCCUUAGUACAAGCUCAGUCUCCCUUCAGACCAGAGAAGCUUUCUCCUACUCAACCUCCAGGGACAACAAGGAUGCUCCACCUUUCUGAGCCAGUCCCUUGAAAGGUCCUUGCCCACUUUAUCGGCACAUGGCUCCAGGCAGGGCUCAGUCCCUCAGACUGCAUCCUGCUGUGAGACACGGCUGCCCUGGUCUGCUGCUGGAUCCAUCCCAGGUGGCACUACGCCACGAGACAGCAGCUGUAACCUCACCCGACCCACCUGCAGCUUCAUGGGAAAGCUUAUAGAAUCACCAAAUCACAGGUGUUGGAAAAGACCACUAAGGUCAUUACGUGUGGCAUUUGCCCCUGGCUGGCCAACGCAACGUGUGGCUGCCCUAUUCUGCUUCCUGCUGAGGUACAAGGGGGUAUCCAAGAGGUAGUGGCACUGCCCUGGCCUCCCAGCAGUCGCUUCCUUGCCUGAGAGGAAUGGCAGCACUCAGUUGUUUAUUUUUUUCCCAGAGUGCAAUGAACCACUGCAGGUCUGUAUGUGUGCGUGCGUGUGUGUGUGUGUUAAAUAAAUUAGGCUUUACUUGACAUUUAACACGAAGUGACAACAACAAAAACCUUAAGGUACUUGAUGAAAUAAUUUUUUUGGGAUAAAAUAUUUACAACGCCUAUGAAGUUCCUACAAGAGAGAUUUGCUGCUUUAAUAAUUGAUUGGGAAAGCAACAAGAAUGUAAAAAAAAAAAAAAGAAGAAGAAGGCAGGAAGCUUCCGUGAGACUCCCUCCGUAAUGCUGGGUGAAGGGCGGAUGUGAAUUAGCUGAAGUGCCAAAAUACCUGCGGCACAACCGUCUCUCAGGGCAAGGCGGAUCCGCUUUCCUGACCCUGCAAAGGCUGCUGCUGGCCUCCAGCUUCGGGCAGAGAAGCAGAGAGAACCUUUGCUUCUCGCAUCUUCUGUUGGGGUUGGCCAGAGAGAUACCAAACCGCUUCAUUUCAGGGUCAGGUGGAACAGGUUGCCCUAAGUUCUACUGUGUAGCUGAGCCCUUCGGACUUCACUUCAAAAUACGGAUUGUUUUUCCUUUGAAGGUUGGUCUAGAAGGACGACAAGCACCUUAAAGCAUGUCAGCACCUCAUCUGAUCUAUUGUGUUGUCUGCUUCCACAGCCCUCCCACGUGCGAGCGCAGACACAGACGCAGUGUAGACGUAGUGCUGUGAGUAGACACCCUUGCACACAAACUAGUUGCUGACGGGGCGCAGACAAGAACAAGCAUGUCAGUGACAGCCUCAGUGACAGCCUCAUGAAGGACAAAACGUGCACUGCAGCUCACCAAAGAAAAAUCGCCAGCUGUUGGCUGCGGUGAUUCCGAUGGUGAAGCUGGCACAACCCUUCAGGUGUUGGGAUCAGGCAGGAAGACGCCGCAGAGGUUAGGUCAACCCUAAAGAAUGGUGGCUUUUUGCUGCUGAGUUCUUAUCCUUCUGUGUUAAAGAAGGAGGGGAGGAGAAAGGAGAAAGCCAAGACAGAGCAUUCUGCAGCAAGCGUCUGGUGCUCAGUGGCCGGGCAGGAAGGUGGCCGUGCUGGAAGGUGGAACAGAGCAAGGUGUUAAUGAGGUCUCACAGCUGUGUUAUGCAAACCAUCACUGUCAUGAUUCUCUCUUGGCUCACGCUGGAGCAGGUCCAGUGAAAUUGAUUUGCUUAUAGCAAGAGCAAAGGGGUGGGAAAAAUCUGGCAGUAGGAUCAGGCUUAGCACAAACAAGCUGGGUUUAAUGCAGUGUUUGUCUGCUGCUGUUGUGCUUUUAAUGCUAUAGACUGGGCCACUGUGGUAGCAGCAGUCAGUGUUUCCUGCAAGACCUGCAAAGCACUGCUUGUGUUUUCACACAUCCCUGUAGAUGAAAGUUGUGAGCAUGGUCCACAGGCAGCUUUUCACCAAUACUCAGUCUUCUUCACAAAAAGUACUCCAAGAUUUGGGAAGCGUUCGAGGGCCUCUGAGCCGGAAGAGUUCGGUUGUAUGUUUUUCAGAAGGCUUAACCUGCGACUACCUGCACGUGUUGGUGAGGUUUCCGAAACAAAUCUGAGCCCUAUAUCCAGCAAGCUGCUGCUUGGGAAGAGUCUCUGCUUUGAACUGAGAGCUGCUGAGCAGGUCCUGCCUCCCCCCACCGCCGCCUCACUGUGCCCGCGUGGGCUCCGGGACUGUGUUUGUGAGCUCGAGCUGUCCGCGUCCUGCCCGCUCCCCACAGCCCUGCCUGGGACAGCAGCUUCGGAGUCACCCAGCUCUUCAGCACUAGUCACCACCCCAUCUGAAUGUGUCUUUAAAAAAACCAACAACGAAGUUACCAACAGACGUGUUACCUGUGUGUAGGCUGUUGAAAGCACCUGUCUGUCUGUACCUGUUUUCUGCUGUAAAUAUCACUGAGAAAAGCUUCCUUUGGGGAAAGUGGUGUGGUCACACCUAGCUAAGAGUCCAAACGGCUAUUUUGUAACAAACCAACAGAAAUAGAUCAGAGGUAUUUUAUCUGUUCGAUUAUAAUAGAGUUUUAGAAAUUAUAUUGAGAUAUGUCA